AUGAUGGUUGAAGGUACUCAUGUGAAUUGGGAGAAUUUCAAAAGGCUAUUCAUGGAGAGAUACUUCCCUCAAGAUGUGAGAAACAAGAAACAAGUGGAAUUCCUUAAGCUGAAGCAAGGAGACAAUACUAUGGCAGACUAUGUGUCUAAGUUUGAGGCACUGGUUCGGCUCUGCCCUAUGUAUGAUGAUGCGGGAAAUAAGGAGGUCAAAUGUGUGAAGUUUGUUAGUGGCCUUCGUUUUGAGAUUAAGCAUAUUUUUAACUACCAAGGAAUCACUUGCUAUCACGAGUUGGUGAAUAAGUGUCGAGUAUAUGAUGAGGAUAAUCGUGCUAAAGUUACCCAUUAUAAGAGUGGAGGACCGAUGAGGACACAGAGCAAGUUUGGUUCGUCUAGUAAGAGUAAGCCUUACUCUAAAUCUGUUGGAGAUUCCAAUGUUAGGGGAGGUAGUCAGGGCUUUGCUUAA